AUGUAUAAGAGUUUCCGUAGAACCUUUCAUUAAAGACAUGUUCAUUAUAAUUCCUUCUUUUACCUUUUCGUUUGCUCUCUUUUGCACUUACGGAGCUCACAUUCACGAUAAAAUUAAUGAGGAAUAUGAAAGUUUUGCGACAAAUUGAGAGCUCCUCUCGUCUUUUAAGAGGAGCCCCUCUACAAGUUCGAGCCGGACGGCCAUUGACUAAUUUAGCUUUACGCAGUAGUCAUGCUUUUACCUACAGAAGUCUUGCACCUCUUACUGCGCUUCGCACAUUCGCAAAUGGACGUCCACAUCCUCCAGGUGGUACACAUCGCAUGGAUAUGAGUGGUGGAGAACAAAAGUCUGCCCUCGAACAAUAUGGUGUCGAUUUGACUGCGCGAGCAAAGGAGGGAAAAUUAGAUCCAGUCAUUGGCAGAGAUGGAGAAAUUAAUAGGACUAUUCAAGUACUGUCACGGCGAACGAAGAAUAAUCCGGUAUUGAUCGGAAGUGCAGGAACAGGAAAGACGGCUAUAUUGGAGGGUCUAGCACAACGAAUAGUCCGAGGCGAUGUGCCAGAGAGUGUGAAAAACAAAAGAGUGAUAUCUCUGGAUCUUGGACAGCUUAUUGCUGGAGCAAAGUUCCGUGGUGACUUUGAGGAAAGAUUGAAGUCGGUUUUGAAAGAGGUGGGUAUUCAUUUUGAUUACGGUAGUAUCUUGUCGGCGGAUGUGCCUUGUCAUGUUUGUUUCUCAAGUACGCAGAACCAAGUGGUACACUUGAGACACAUAUCAACCAGCGAUGUAGGCUUCAUAGUUAGAUCUGCUUACAAGGCUACACCUUCCGAACUAAAAUUAUAUCUGCUUAAAGACCUACCAUUUUUUGCUUGAAAUUUGUAAUUGUCUUAAUUUAUUCUAACAUUCCUUAGGUUCAAGAGGCUCAUGGUGGCGUGAUUCUAUUCGUAGACGAACUACACACUUUGCUGGGACUGGGAAAGGCUGAAGGAAGUAUUGAUGCAAGCAAUCUUUUGAAACCUGCACUUUCUCGGGGUGAACUGCAAUGCUGUGGAGCAACCACGCUCAAUGAAUAUCGGCUAAUUGAGAAGGACGUCGCCCUGGCAAGACGCUUUCAGCCUAUCCAAGUCAACGAGCCCACGAUUCAAGACACAAUCAGUAUCUUGAGAGGUAUUAAGGAAAAGUAUGAGGUGCACCAUGGAGUUCGCAUUACAGAUGGAGCCAUUGUUGCUGCCGCUACCUAUAGCAAUCGAUAUAUCACAGAUCGCUUCUUGCCCGACAAGGCAAUAGACCUCAUGGAUGAAGCUGCAAGUGGCCUGAGGUUACAGCAAGAAAGCAAACCGGACGACAUAAUGCAGCUCGACCAAAAGAUUAUGACGCUUCAAAUCGAACUUGAGAGUCUAAGGAAGGAAACAGAUAUCGCUAGUAAGGAACGGCGUGAAAAGCUCGAAAAUGAUCUCAAAGAAUGUCAAGAAGAAGCAAAAGUAUUAACAGAAAAGUGGGAGUCAGAAAGGUCCGAAAUUGAUGCCAUCAAAAAGAUAAAGGAGGAUCUCGAGAAAGCUCGUGUUGAACUGGAUCAAGCACAGCGGGAAAAUAAUUAUGGUCGUGCAGGAGAGCUGCGUUAUUCUAUAAUUCCGUCACUGGAAGCGAAGUUACCGAAAGAUGGAGAGAAGGGCGUUUCUUCCGAAGGCUCUUUGAUCCAUGAUGCCGUAACAGCCGACGAUAUUGCAGCUGUUGUAUCACGUGUCACCGGCAUUCCUGUCACGAAAUUAACUUCUGGUCAUGCUGAGAAGCUUAUUCAUAUGGAAGAUACUUUGCGAGAAUCUGUUCGUGGUCAAGAUGAGGCACUUAGAUCGGUGGCAAACGCGGUUCGAAUGCAACGAGCAGGCUUAAACGGCGAGAACAGACCCCUUGCAUCGUUUUUCUUUCUCGGUCCAACGGGUGUGGGAAAAACUGAACUUUGCAAGAAGAUGGCAAACUUUUUGUUCUCAACCGAAUCAGCUGUUGUUCGGUUCGACAUGAGCGAAUUCCAAGAAAAGCACACAAUUUCUCGGUUAAUAGGUAGUCCCGCUGGAUAUGUUGGAUACGAUGAUGCCGGGCAACUUACUGAAGCCGUCAGAAGAAAACCCUAUGCAGUUCUCCUGUUCGACGAAUUUGAGAAAGCACAUAGAGAUAUCUCUGCUCUGCUUUUGCAAGUAUUGGAUGAAGGCUUCUUAACAGACAGUCAAGGCCACAAAGUUGAUUUCCGCAACACGUUGAUUGUUUUCACAUCCAAUCUUGGUGCAGACAUCCUCGUUGGUCUCGACCCUUUGCAUCCAUACAAAGAGGAGCCCAGUGGUGAUAUUGCGCCUUCUGUUCGCAACGCCGUAAUGGAUGUUGUUCAACACAAUUGUAAGCCCUUUAGACCCCAGUUCACCACUCUCUUCCACAUAUCACUAACAAUAAUAACAGAUGCACCUGAGUUUCUCAACCGUAUUGACGAGUUCAUAAUAUUCAAACGCCUUUCUAACGAAGCACUCCGAGAUAUUGUCGAUAUCCGACUUAGAGAACUGCAGAAGAGACUAGAUGAUCGACGAAUAAAACUUGAAGUAGAUCAAGAGGUUCGCCAAUGGCUUGCCGACAGAGGAUAUGAUCCGAAAUUUGGAGCGCGGCCGCUGAACAGACUCAUAUCCAAGGAGAUCGGUAAUGGAUUGGCUGAUAAAAUCAUCAGGGGAGAAUUGAAGACUGGCGAAACAGCCGUGGUGAAGAUUAAUGCUGAAGGCGACGGCUUAGAUGUCAGGAGCGUGGGCGCCGUGGAAGUGUAAAUUAUUGGGCAAUGACGGUUUGGCAUAUGCAUAAUGGGUUAUGAAAAAAAUGAUUUUAGCGACAUAGUGUAGUGGAUCUCUGCUUUUCGCUUUAGGCGUUGGAGGAUGUAUGGAUAUGCUUCCCUGGAAAUGUGAUACCUCAUCUUUUGUACACUAGAACAUGAUAUUAUUUGACAAAUU